AUGGAUAUUGAAGAAAUGAUCUGUAGAAUUGAAGCCAGAGCUGUCUUUUCAUUUAUCCCAAACAUCUUACAAGCUGUAUAUGAAAAAGCAAAACAAAAUAACCAAACAGAAAAUAAUGAAGGACAACAUUUUUACCUUGGAUUUACUGCUGAAAACACUUAUAUUUUUGCUUCUGCAGAAAAUAAAGAAAUAAGAGAGGAAGAAGAAUCAGAAGACAAAGAAGAAUUUGAAGAUAAGGAAUUAGAAGACAAAAUUUAUAAACUUUCUGAAUUAGAAGAGGAAAGCAAAAGUUUUGAAGACAAUAAUGUAUAUUAUAGAAAUAUGAUUAGAAAUAACUUAAAAGUAGGAGAAGCCUAG